CAGUGAUCCGCCCGCAACCUUCAGGUUUGCCGCCAUCGCGCUCUCCACGACAAUCCUUACUCCUGUCAUUCGUUGAAGAUGAUGCUACCAUUCGCCGUGGUGCUAUCCGCCAUUGUCUACGUGCGCCGUGAGUCUUGCUACUUAUAUAUGUUGACAUGGGUAGGCUUCGGCUCACCCACGAUGACAUUGAUUCGUUAGACGCGUCUUGUCAAGUGACGACGCUUUUCAUCCCUGGCUUCGACCCUCAGCCCGUGACUGCGAAUCUCCUGGGUACCCAAGGCGGCUUGACGUCCUAUGUCGUUGCUCCGGGCAUGAGCACCGUUGGCUUGGACGAUGAAGAUGGCUUUUCGGACCAGGUAGGAUACCAAGCUCGAUGUUCGGUCGAGCUGACAAGCAAUUCUUUUACUAGCUACACUCGUUCUCGGUGCAAG